AUGAAUCCAAAGAAUUUAUCAGAGGGAACUGUAUGCCAAACAUAUUCAGUUAGAAUUGAAUGUAAUGUAGCAGAUUCAGAAGAUGAUAGAGAGAUGGUUAUAGUCCCAUUAAUAUUAGGACAAGGAACAGAUUGGGACAAAAUCAACCCAGAGAUGUUUCAAAUUAAAGACAUCAAUAUAACAAUUAAUUCAUAUUAUCAAAAUAGUAUGAUUGUAAAUCAAAGUAUUGAGUGGUAUAUAUCAGGAGACUAUCCAAUGUAUGUCCAAGCAUUCGCAGGAAAUACAUAUAACGAAGGAGAUGCAACAAAAAUGAAUGAAUUAAUCUUUACAGGAAUAUAUUUAUCAGCAAAGUCUAAUUCUACAAUUCGCUCCAAUUUCAAGAGUAAGAAUAUCUACAAGACAGUAAUUAACACUGAUGAUAAGAUACAAACUGUAAAUAAAGAAGUAAUCAGUAGAGGAACAGGAAUAGAUGAGUCAUUAAUAAAGAAUCCAAUGUAG